AUGAGGGCCGGGUCGGGUUUCAACGCAACGGCUACGGCUACGGCAGCGGCGGCGCCGGUGUACACGGGUGGCCACCACUCGCCGGUGCCGUACCUCUUCGCUGGCGUGGCGGCGACGCUGGGGCUCACCGCCUGCGCCCUCCUUGUUCUCGCUUGCUUCUGCUCGAAGUUCUAUGACCGCCUAGAGAGCCGCGACGCUGGUGCCAGCAGCGGCGCUGCCGCAGGCGGUGGCGUGGGGUUGUGUGAGGAGGUGAUCGUGGUGGUCAUGGCGGGGGAUGAGAAGCCGACGUUCCUGGCGGCCCCGACGUCGAGCCGGGCGUCCUCCUUUGUGGAUUGGAGCUGCAAGAAGGAUGAUGAUGACGAGGAGGAGGAGGAGAAGGUUGAGGGGAGUAAAAGGACCGACCGGAAAAGCAGCCCAGACUAA